CAUCGGCCAAAACUCGAAACCGGCGCCGCCAACCCGCCGCAUCCGCGGCCGCCGACCGGAUCCCCCCGCCGCACGCUCCCCGACACGGCCGCGUCAACUCCACCUGCGCCCCCGCGACCUCGUCUCUGCGAGCGCACAUGAUCGCGCGGUCAAACCCCAGAGGCAGAGACCCAGCCCGCCCGCUCCGCUAGGAAAUAACAGCUGCAGGCAGCAGCAACCCAAUGCUGUGCUCCUCCCACCACUCCUCCACCACCUCCUGCGCGCGCAAGUCAACUCCCACCCGCGGCCGCCGCGCCCCACGCCGGCCCCCAUGGCUCGCUCCGCGCCCGCUAGUCUCGUCGCCGUCUUCCUCCUGGUCCUCGCGCUCCUCCUCGCCAUCGUCGCCGCACAGGGCCCGCCGCUGCCACCCACCAACCCCUCCGACGCGGCCGCCCUGCACGCCGUGUUCCGGCAGUGGCGCCUGGAGGGCGACGCUGCGGCAGAGGACCCGUGCGGGAAGGGCGCCUGGUCCCGGUCGUUCGCGGUAAACGCGUCUGUCGACUGCGACUGCUCCAGCGGCGUCGAGUGCCGCAUCACGCAGCUGAAUGUGACUGGUUACAGGAACAUCACGGAGAUCCCGCCGGCGCUCUUUAAUCUGACGGAGCUUGUCUCUCUGGAUUUGAGUAAUAACAACUUGAGUGGUUCAGUUCCCCGAGAAGUUGGCAAUCUUUCCAAGCUGGAAACAUGGCACUUCAAUAAUAACAAUCUCAGUGGAUAUUUUCCUCAUGAGUCAUCACUUUUAAGGAAUCUCAAGUCCCUGUGGAUGUUUGAUAAUUACAUCGAAGGGCCUAUUCCAGAAUUUAUUCAGAACUUAACCAACCUGACAGACUUGCGAUUAUAUGGGAUGAAACUUCAAGGACCUAUUCCACAAAAUUUCUCCAAAUUGAUCAAUCUAGAAAACCUGAUGCUUGGUGACCUUGAGGGCAACUAUACUUCUUUUGAGUUCGUAGAAAACUGGGCAAACCUUUCAACAUUAUCUCUAAGGAAAUGUGGGCUCACAGGCCAGCUUCUUAGUCCUCCCUGAAACUUGCCCAAGCUGAAAUACCUGGAUUUGACAUCGAACAAUUUAUCAGGCUCAAUAAAACUAUUGCUUCAAUACAAGGACUCAUUAAACUUCAUAUAUGUAGGUAAUAACAGCUUCAGUGAACGUCUGCCUCCUGAAAUUAUUCAACCAUCCGUUCCUUUGAACGACCUCCCUUUUGAUUGGUAACAGAGGCAACGAGUCGCGAGCUCAAGAUGAUGGAUAGUGAGAACCAGCUAUUAGUUUUUAUCGCUGCUGCACAUCAUUUUCUUUCAAUGAUGGCCUUGGUGAUUGAAUCUGCAAAAAGAAAACGUCGUGCUCCUGUAGGAAGGAUUACUUAUGCUCCAAUUGAUGAGAGGGAUAGGAUAAGACUUGUUUAUCUCAAUACUAAGAUAUGGAGGGAUGAUGUAACUUGUGUGAGCAUGCUAAGACUUACUAGGGCAUCAUUCUUCCGUUUUUGUGAACUUUUUAGAAACCGUUGCCUUUUGGAAGACACCAUUCAUAUGUGUGUCGAGCAACAAGUUGCCAUGUUUUUGCACACAAUCGGUCACAAUGUUAGGAAUAGGGUAAUUGGUACCAAUUUUGGUAGGUCUAGUGAAACUGUUAGUCGCUACUUCAACAAAGUAUUGCAUGCUGUUGGGGAGCUACGAAAGGACUACAUUAGGCCACCAUCGUCAGCAACACCAGCUAAAAUUGCAGGGAACCCGAAGUGGGAUCCUUAUUUUAAGGAUUGUAUUGGUGCUAUUGAUGGUACACAUGUACGAGCCACAGUUCCUAAGGCAAUGGAGGCUGCCUUCCGUGGUAGGAAAAGUUACCCUACCCAAAAUGUAAUGGCAGCCAUUGAUUUUGAUCUUCGAUUUACAUUUGUCUUGGCCGGAUGGGAGGGGACAACCCAUGAUGCAUAUAUUUUACGGAAUGCUUUAGAACGACAAAAUGGUCUUCGUGUCCCACAAGGCGAGUUCUACCUAGUGGAUGCCGGAUAUGAAGCUAAACCAGGAUUUUUGCCUCCUUACCGUGAUGUGCGGUAUCACUUAAACGAGUGGGGCAACAAUCUUCAACCGUAGGCAUGCAUCUCUCCGCCAAACAAUAGAACGCGGUUUUGGGUCAUUGAAGAGAAGGUUCAAGAUUCUUGAUGAUGCUACUCCACAUUUUCCUUUUGCUACACAAGUUGAAAUUGUUGUUGCUUGCUGCAUUAUUCACAACUGGGUUAUAGAUGAUGGGGGUGAUGAGUUCAUAAUUCCAGAGGAUGAGGAAGUGCCUACUAUUAGCCACGAAAGAUCAUCACAUGGGCAAGCUGUUGAACAUGCCUUUAUGGUUAAUUUUAGGCAGGAAAUUGCCAAUACCAUGUGGCAAGAUCGACUUAACUCUCAUGGCAACAAUAUGUGAUCUAUGUAUCUUUUUUUUGUUUAUGGACCUAUGUAUCUUUGUGUGUUUAUGGACCUAUGUAUCUUUUUUUUGUUUAUGGACAUAUGUAUCUUUGUGUGUUUAUGGACCUAUGUUUGCUCAAAUU